AUGGCUUGUCUUGGCAGUGCAGUGUCAAACACUUUGGCCAACUCAUUGCACAAAAGUCCUGCUGGGCUGGUGUGGCAUCCAGCUCGAUCGUCCAGAAGCCCGGCAAACCACCAAGAACCUCAGGCAGCACGACUCAGUGCAGUGCUGUGCUCGGCAGUGGCAUCCUGUUGGACAGGUCGGAAAGGCAGACAGUCUGUGAACUUUCGAGUGAGGCGAACUGUCACUGCUGAGCGGACCGCACGAAGGGAAGAGCUCAUGCAGCCCAAAACAGCCACCAGCAAGAAGUGGCACUGGAAGGAGAGCAUUACAGUCCACUAUGCGAAGGCUGCUUCCAAGAUACCUGGAACUGACACUGCUGUCGUCUUGUUGCAUGGCUUUGGUGUUGCCUCCUUCCACUACGAGGCACAGUUUGGUCCUCUAAGUGAGGCAGGCUAUACUGUGUAUGCGGCCGACAACGUCGGUGCCGGCUUAUCCUGGCCAGACUUUGAUCCGGCUCCGGGCACCCCCGAGGAGAUUCGCAGCCCAGGGACGGAGUGGGGUUUCGGAAAGCCUAGGCCUCCUUUUGAGGAGAUGGUCAUUGGGGAGCAGUUGUGGGUGGAGCAGGUGAAGGAUUUCAUCGCCGAGUGCGUGGAGGAAAGUAACGUCAUCAUUGGGGGAAACUCGCUGGGAGGAUAUUUGACGGUUCUGGCCACAGCAACUAUGAACACCAGACUCCUCGGCCGGAUCAAGGGUGUCUUCCUGCUGAAUGCCACGCCCUUCUGGGGUUGGAUCCCCAACCGCUCCAAGAAUCCGGACCUGCACGAUGCUUUUCCAUGGAAGGGCCAGUUCCCCGUGCCCGAGUCUGUGCGACCCCUUACCCUUGCAUGGUACAACACCCUCAGAAACCCUGAUUCCAUUGAAUGGCUUCUGAAUUUCGUCACUUCGAACCCUGCCGGAGUCGGCCACGAGCUGGCCGAGCGUAUCGCCACCAUGGCCGACCACCCAGCAGGUGCUGCGGCCUUUGCUCAGAUCUUGUUUACGCCACAAGCUGACUUGACCUUUGAGGAAGCACUGGACGAGGUGGUUAAGUGCAACAUCCCUGUGUUCCUCCUAUAUGGUCGGGAGGACCCGUGGAUAAUCCCGUAUUGGGCAGCACGUGCCUACACGACGGCGCCGGAUGCAGACUAUGUGCAACUGUCCCCCAGCGGGCAUUGCCCCCACUACGAGACGCCCGCCGCCGUCAAUGAAUCGUUGCUCCGCUGGCUCCAGGACAAGGUUCCUGUGGAUGGCCAGGGACCACGGCAGGAUCUGCCAGGGUCGAUCGGAGCUUCGUUCACCGUGAAGGAGAGCGAUGGCAGAGAAGUGGUUGUCACUCGUAGAGGCUUCGCAGAGCCUUUCCGCGAGAAUGAGUUGGCUUGGGAUGAAUUUCCGGCAUGGCUCCAACAGAUGGCGCGGGGAUAG